UCUCCUCACAACUCCAUAACAGCCAAACCAGCCCCCAGCAAUCUCCCAAAGCUAAAACACACACACACAGGAACCUAAUAACCAUGGCAAAGGCUCAGGCAAUGGGCGCGCUGCUGACCAUCUUGGUGGUCCUCGCCAUGUCCUCCGAGGUGGCGCACGGCAUCUGCAACCUGUCGAGCGACGGCAUCCGGGCGUGCCAGCCGGCGGCCGCCAUCCGCAACCCGACCGAUCAGCCCUCGGCGGCGUGCUGCGCCGCCCUGGCCGGGGCCGACCUGCCGUGCCUGUGCCGGUACAAGAACGCCGCCGGCGUGUGGGUGAGGUUCUACAGGAUCGACAUCAACCGCGCCAUGGGGCUGCCCGGCAAAUGCGGCCUCGCCAUGCCGGCCAACUGCUGAUGAUCCCCAGUAUUGUCUUGCUGAGUGCGUCGUUACUCGUUACAACUACUAUAUAUAGCUUCGAGAUCGAAUAAAUGGAGUACACUGUAAGUCUUUAACAUUGAGCUGUCAGCUAAGUGAGCUUGUUAAAUCAGGGCAGAAGUAAGUUUCAGAACUGUAUUAUGCAAUACAUGGUCCACUGCAAAGUUGGACGCAUGAUGAGUAUGAAUGGAGGACCUUUGUUUCAUGCAUCUCGCGGAGAUUUA